AUGCCGCUCUACGCAUCCCCCGGCGGCGCGGCGGCGCCGUGGUUGACGCGCGAGCUCCGCUCUGACGAGUGCGGGCUCUGCCUCAUCCACCUCCUCCUCAACUGCGCCGCGGCGGCGGGCGCGGGGCGGCUGGACGCCGCCAACGCAGCGCUCGAGCACAACGCCGACGCCACGCAGUGGCUCGAGCUGCUCCACCUGCUGGCCGCGCGCCCCGAGGGACCGCUGCACCUCCGCCUCACCGCCGUGCACGAGCAUUGGGACGUGCUCACGCAGACGGCCAUGGCGCUCACCAAGGAGGCGGAGCGCCUGGACGUGCCGUUCCAGUUCAACCCCGUCGUGUCCCGGCUCGAGGCGCUGGACGCAGAGUCGCUCCGCGUGAAGACCGGCGAGGCGCUCGCCGUCACCUCCAGCGUGCAGCUGCACUGCCUCCUGGCCUCCGACGACGACAGCUCCGGCAAGGACGGCUGCCACCACCACCACCAGAGCAGCAACGGCAAAGGCGGGGACACGAACAAGCGGCACGAGCGGCUGGACCGCUGGGCGGUGCGGAUGGAAGGGGCGGGUUUCGCCCGCGUCCUGCUCAGCUACUACGCGCUGCUCCAGGCGCGGCGCGCGGCGCGCGGCGCGCGGCGCAGGGGCUCGGCUGCGAUGGCUUCAAGGUGCUUGCGCGCGCCCGCGGUGGUGGUGGCGUUGGCUGCUCGCACACGCUCCCGCGCGGCAGCUGUUCGCACGCGCACCUGGGCGCGCUCGGUCUGA